UCCAGCCUCGAAGAUGAACACCUCCUGGCUCUUCCUCCUUCCCUUCGUCUGCGGGGUGCCCAGAGAAACAUCCAGGGAGGCACCCAGGCAGGCACCGUGCCCCGACCCCGACCAGAUAUAUCCCUGCACCUGCACUUCAAACUGCGCAACAACACCAGCGUUCUCGAGUUGCCUGAGGGAGUCUUCGGGGAAGUCACCUUCGAGGUAAUAGAAAUGUGGUACUGCGCCGUGGUCGCUCUGCAUCCUUCAGCCAUAGUCCCAUCAGCGGACACACUUGAAUUCCUAAAUAUCGGGCGUUGCCCUCUGGAGGAUUUCCCCUUCCACGUCCUCCCACAGCUGAUCCGUCUGAAGAAUCUGUUCGUUGGCGGUACAAAAAUCGGUGGGGUCGUGGCUCCUCUGCAAAGCAUGACUCUUGAGGAUCUUUACCUGGGAGUCAAUCAAAUUUCCGCGCUCAACGAGACUGGCUGGUCUACUCCUAAUUUGAAAGCUCUAAUAAUAGGUGGCAAUCCCCUCUCGGAAUCCCCAUCGGAAGUUCUAGAGGGGUUGACGAACCUUGAGACAUUUAACUGCAACGGCUGCAACCUGGGACCAGAUCUGUCGUAUGGAUUCUUAAAAUUCAACAGCGAGGCAUUGGGUUCAGUGUCGAUCCAAUAUAACAACGUUGAACGCCUGGAAAUGGCAGCUAUCACUGGUCUCACGCCGAACACAAUUCUUAAUCUGACAGGCAACUCAAUCGUGGAAUUGACCGAGGAAUCGUUUCGUCCGAUGGUGGAAGUCCUCUCAGAUGGGAAUGGGCUCCUCAUACUAGAAGGU